ACCCACCCUGCCGUCGCCGCGGUGGUUGCGCCCGACUCCAGCUGACCGGCCUGGAAUCCCGGCUUCGAGCCCCAGCCUGGACCCUCCCCAACCCCGAGACCUGGUGCUGCCGCCGCCAUGGGAGACGCCGGCAGCGAGCGCAGCAAAGCCCCCAGCUUGCCGCCCCGCUGCCCCUGCGGGUUCUGGGGGUCCAGCAAGACUAUGAAUCUCUGUUCCAAAUGCUUUGCUGAAAAAAGAAAUCCACACAAUGAAAAAGAUUUUCAAAAGAAGCAGCCAGAUGAUGAGUCCACUCCCAGCACAAGCAACAUCCAAUCGGAUUUGUUCUCUGGAGAAUCAAAUAGUGACAACAGCAAUACCUCACUAUCUACGCAGACUGUUAACUCCAACCAGCAACUUUCGACAGAUCUGAAUGUAACUUCAACGAGCAAAGAGGAAUGUGGGCCAUGCACAGAUACAGCUCAUGUCUCCUUAACCACACCAACCAAAAGAUCUUGUGAUUCAGAUUCACAGUCAGAGAGUGAGGCUUCACCUGAGAAGCGGCCACGUUUACUGGAGGACAGUCAUGAUAGAUCUGAAGAAAUCAGCCGUUCCAAACAGAAGAGCAGACGCAGGUGUUUCCAGUGCCAAACAAAACUGGAGUUGGUACAGCAGGAACUGGGAUCAUGUCGUUGUGGUUAUGUGUUCUGUAUGUUGCAUCGCCUGCCUGAACAACACGAUUGCACAUUUGAUCACAUGGGACGUGGGCGUGAAGAAGCCAUUAUGAAAAUGGUGAAACUGGAUCGGAAAGUGGGGCGAUCAUGCCAGCGCAUUGGCGAGGGAUGCUCCUGAGUGCAAGACACUUCAACCAAAUGCCGUUCUCUUAGUUCACUAAUGUUAGCCUUAUUUAGGACAAAGUCAGCCAGACACCUUGUACUGGGCAAGUUUCAGACUACAGCCAAUCAGUUUCCUUUCUUUAGUCAACCAUCCUGAUACUGUAGUUUAGGGGGUAAUGGUGAUUGACAUUGAUUUCUGGCUGGUUGUUAAGGUGCCUGCUAGCCACCGUAUUAAAAAAAAAUGAAGAAAUAUUUUUGAGCAUGGCUAGUGGAUUUUAACAAAAAAAUCUAAAGGCUUCUCUUAUGAAAGGAGUCAAGCUAUUUAAAAGCCUUAUGCUGGUAAGCUUCCAGCAGCUGAGUAGAAACUGAUGUAAAAGACUGCUAUGUGCACAGCUCUCUGGAAGAAAAUAUACUCAAUAUCCCAGUUUUCCUGUCCUCACUCUUAACUAACCUUAAAGGAGUGAAACUCUGUUUAGACCAGGCAGUGUAGCUGCUGAACCUAGAAGAAUUAAACAGUCACUUAUGAAAUUUCCUUAUGUGGCUUCUGAGGUUAGGUAGCAUCACCAGCAACAGGGAGUCUCUUGGGGAGGGAAUGUCUUUCUGAGAAGCCAAAAAGAGGCAGGGACAGAUUCUUAUGACAACUUUUGUAUCAUACGCAUUACAGGGAACCUAAUGUUUCUUCACUGAAGUGGAGGAGAAUAAUCUUGCUUUUAAAGUUAGCUCUGUUCUGGAACAAGCAGUAAACAUUUUCUACACAGCAUCUACAUUUCUUAAAAGUAGUGUGAUCCAGUUCCAUAUGCCAACCACUGUGGCUGUUCCCAUCAGCCAAACCCUGAUUGGCUCUUGUUUGCCUUUUGCUAAGUGCAGGUAUCUGAGAAUUGAUCAAAUAAGGCUAAUUCAUAGCACAGUAGCUAUGGCUGGUUCCUACAGACUGACUUUCUCUAGCUCGAGAUAUAUUGAGGGGGAAAAAACAUUGUGUAGCAAACAGAAUUCAGUAACAGUAUUGGGGAACCACCAGGAAAAUCACCCCUUAUUGAAUUGAGUUUGUAUGCCUCACUUCCAAUAUGUUAAAGAGAUAAUCAUAUGGCUGUUCCAGCCUUGUGUCUAUGCAGCUCAGCACUCUCAGUGAAGGUUUCUUCCCAUCAUCUCUUGCUAAGCAAAUGAUUGUGAAAUGCAUUGCAUAGAACUGGGACUCUCCAGAUCUGUUCUUUAGAGAUAUUGUUCUAUAUUGCAGCCUGGCAGUCUCAUUGAACUGAACUACACAAAUCUUAAGUGUGCAUCAGCAGAGAAAAGGCAGCAUCUCCCUCUGCCUCCAGCCACAUGCAACAUUUCUGUAGGAAAAUUCCUGUUAGUGGUGGCCCAAUGUGGAAUUUUUACUCCAAACUGCUUAGAACUCCGUUAGCAACUGGGAAUUAGGUAUAGUUGGGUGGGGAGGGAGGGUUGCUGGAGAAAAGGGGGAAAUUGUAUUGUCUCAAAUCUAACCUAUUUGUGAAAGAAUAAGCCACCUAAAGAGUGGAUUACCCUCCUGUCACUCUAAAAAAGGUUAUGGGGUAGAGCAGUUUAAAUAAGCCGCUGUUUCUUUUAUGCUGAAGGAAAGCAACUGGUUUACAGGCCAAAUUGUAUUUACUCUGGUAGCCAACUUAUGGCCAGUGAAGGAGGCUCAGCCUUUGCCUAUAUUACUGCAGUGCAAAUUAGUAAUUAAGUAAACCAGAAAUAUUCCAUCAUUCUACAAUUCAGUAUGGAAAAGCCAUUCUGUGUUGUACUCAAGGCUUUGAAAUCUGCAAUGGAAUUUCCAGCUGCAUAUUUUGUUUCCUAAAGAAGUAUUCCCCUUCCAUUGGCGUGAGGGGGAAGUCAGACCAUUUCCUUUGCGUUUACCAUGAAGAGUUUAAAAAACCAUGGACUUCAGCUGCUGCCGCGCUAUGCACUUUCUUCCCUUCUAAAAUCCUAGCAUAGCAUUUGAUGGACAUUCUGACUGAUACACAAGACUUUUGCAGAUUAAUAACGAAGAUGCUAUUUUCCCCUUGUUAAUCCUUUCUUUAGCCCUGUUACAAAGUGCACAGUUGGUUUCGAGGUGGCUCUUGACCGAACACUACUCAAAGUUUGUGUGGAUUAUGGACAAUGUUCACUUUAAAAAAAAGUUUUGGGGUUGUUCCUUUGCAGUAUCUGUUCUGUGAAGUUUGUUAAACGUAAAGAAAGCUUAAGUUCUUGUAUCUUUAAAGAAAAUCUUAUUUAACCCUUUUUUGUGUUCUAGAUUUACUUACACAUGUAGCCUAGAGCUCAGUUUUAGUUUAACAUUGUGAAACUAUUAAAAGGAUCUUGUAAUUCUUUUUCCUCCUGCUUAAAAGAAAGAAAACCAUUAAACAGAUCAGAUUAAAGUUUGA